AUGUUUGCUUUCGCUCAUUGGCAACACCGUAUUUUUUUCGACGACCAGCGAAUAGCUCUAAGUGCUUUUGCUGCUGCUGCUGUCGCCGCUGCUCAAGUCAAAAUACUCUCGCGGAAACUGGAAUUCAUCUAUCUAUUUCUCUUGCUGCGACUGAGCCUGGGAAACCGAUGUCUGGAUGCAGAGCCCGCAGAUGCAGUUCAAGCCGAGAACGGCCGCAAGCACGGGAAGGCCGCCGGUCAAUCGAAAAAGCUGUUAUUUCCGAUACAAAUCAUCGUCUCAGACGAAGAAUUCGCUCUGAAGAAGACCAGUGAACCUUAG